AUUUAAGGAGUCCAGCACGUGUACGGGGCACGUUGCGGUGUUUCGUUUAAAAUAUUUAACGCUUGCAACAACUUAUUUGCAAUGGUUUCAAAUGAGAAAAGUUUUCCGCGCGGCGGAAUUGCAAAUUUACAAGCAAAUGCCGACAGUAGCACAUCAAAUCUCAUUUUUGGUGCUACACAACGAAAGAUUAAGAAAGCACCAAAACCAAAAGACAAACAAGUUGAUGUCGAGCACAGCGACCAGUUGCAAGCAUUCUCCGCGGAAACACUCACAUAUGACACACUCCAGGAGCAUAUGCUCGUGAUGGGCGUUGUGAAAGCCACAGACGCCACCUCGUUACAGAUUGCGCUGCCCGGUCGAAUGACAGCACGCGUUUUAGUCGCCGAUAUAUCUGAUGCUUAUGGACGUGUUGCCCAAUCAUAUAUGGAUGGAGAAAGCAGUGAAUACCACGAUCUCACUGCGCUGUUCAGCGUUGGUCAGAUUGUUUAUGGACGCGCUAUAAAAACAUCUAAAUCGGAAAAUAAUCGCAAGUCGUUGCUAUUAACUCUUAAGCCGGGUGAAGUGAACAGUAGUUUGCACCAUGCCAACAUCAAGAAAGGCUUUAUUUUCGUUGGUGCCAUCGAAGAAAUCCAGGAACACGGCUGUGUAAUUGAAACUGGCAUUGAAGGCUUGCAGGCGUUUGUACCUAUCACAGAUGCAGCACAAAAGCACCACAUCGGUCAGUUAAUCUUUUUGAAAGUCAAGUCUAUUCAACAUAAUGCCGCGAAAAGUACCUGCCAAUGUGUGAACUUGGAGCAGGAUAAAUUAAAGAUUAAGAGUCAGAACGAAACAAAUCUCGACUACAUACUACCUGGCAGUAUUGUCAAGUUCAAGGUGGCAAAACAUCUUAAGAAUGGACUGGAAGGGAACAUCAUGAACGAGGCUUUCAGGGGAUACGUGAAUGAACAUCACUUGGCCGAGGCUCUACAAUCGCCACAGGACUACGAACUUAACGAAGAGUAUCUGGCUCGUGUGCUUUAUGUGAUGCCUCUAACAAAGCUGGUAUACUUAACGUUUAAUUUAGAUAUAACUGUUACAACGCAACAGCCGGAAUUGGAUGGCGAAGAGCUGCUGAAAAAGGGCAGCAUUGUGGAGAAGGCACGUGUGUUGCGCCAUGGCACAGGCGGAAUUGUGAUGCUGCUCAAUCACAAGCAUAAAGGACUCAUUUCGUACGGUUCCAUUAAAUCGAAUUGCAAGGGUAACUACGACCAGGACGUUGUGCUAGCCAAGUACAGCAGCAAGAGCAAACACAAGGUGCGUGUGCUGGGUUAUGAUGUCAUUGAGUCUCUUUACUAUUGCACCGAUGAUCCCAAUGUGGUAAAUGAGAAAAUGUACACGCUAGAGGAUAUUCAAGCUGGUGACAUUGUUUCAGCGCGCAUUGUCAAGCCAGAGCUUAAAAUUGGCGGCUACAGUGUUAAAAUAGGAAAAGUAAACGGAAUCAUUGAGCAGCUGCAUUUGGUACCGAAUACACGCUACGAAGUGGGACAACGCCUGCGCUGCCGUGUCUUAGAUAUUUCGCUGGACCGAAAGAUUUGCUAUUUGAGCAAUCGCAGCGAGUAUCUAAGCAAGGGCAUAAAACUUUUGAGUUCUCUCGAAUCAGCGCAGCCUGGUCACAUCUUUACGGGCACUGUGAUCAAGUGUGAGGCCACCUACGUGUUGGUCAAGUUCUGUGGUGGCAUUAAGGGAGUUCUUCACAAGCAGCGCCUAAACGAAUUGAUGGAGACCACCUUUUUCGUAGGCCAGACUACAAAGUUUCGCAUUGCUGGACGCAACAACGAACAAGUUCUUCUAACAUUGCCUGAGGACAAGUUUCAGCUGGGUGAAAUAAUUCCCAUUGAAGUGACGAAUACAUUAGAUGCUGGUUUGGAAAUUAAAAUCACCUAUGCUAUCGAUGAUCAGGAUGCAUCGAUGACUGGUGAUGAGGACAAUACAGAGGAGUUUGUUGGCCUGCUGCCACUUCGUUUACUUUCUGACUAUGUGGACUUACAGGAAGCACAAAAACGCAUUCAUCCCGUUGGCAACCACACCGAAGCAGCCUGCAUCAUGCAGAAUAUUUUCAGUUUACGUGAUGUGCCGUAUUUCAGUGAAAAUCUAACUAAAGAUUGGCAGACCGUGCAGGUGGGCGAUGUGCUGCGCGCCCAUGUUAAGCAUGCGGACGAACAGGUGCUGGAGCUACUGCUGCCCGUGCGCAAUUACAACAAACUGGUUAAAUUGCACGUGAAGAUGCUGUGCUUGCGAACCGUGCGUGAUAAGCCGAUUAUGCUGGCGCCUGAUCAACUACUAUAUGUAAAGGUGAUCAGCAAGGAGUCGGAAACUAAAACAUUGACUGUGUCCGCCAAACUUACAGAUGUGUGGAGUGGCCAGCUGUCUGAGACAGCCAAACUACUGGAGACUUAUCUUGAGGAAGUCGCACAGAUACGAAAAUCAUUGAAACGGAUGGAGGCACCAAUUGCCAAAUUCAAAAUGGGAGAGAAAGUCAAUGUUGUCUUUAAGGGCAUUGAUUCGGCGACUAACAACUGGGUCUAUAAUGUGGAGAAUGCAAAAACAAUAAGUGCAAUGAUGAUUUCCAGCUUGGCAGGUACAGCAACAGCGCCUCAGCUAGGCAGUAAACAGGAGGCCGUCAUCUUGUGGAUCGAUUAUGCAAACGAUUUAUUGCUAAUAAGCAACAAGAAGGUGGAUAUUGAGCACAUCAGUAGCAGCAAGGCGCUACCUCAAAAUUUUAUUGCCAAAUCCGGCAUGAAGGCCAAAGUUUUGCUUAAACUUGAUAGCAUUAUGGUAUGCUCCCUAAAGAAGGGUACCAGCAAUCCGCUGAUACUUUGUCCGAUACGCCUGCAUCCCAACGACAUGGAAAACUCCGCCAGUGCUUGUGUACGCCAGGGCGACUUCUGUAAUGUUGCAUUUAUACACGACAAGCUGCCUAUUGCCGUGCCAGAGACCGUGUGGAAGCUUUGGAAGGGGGUUAAACGUAUUGCUGUCGAAGCUGAAGAGGCUCCCGUAAAGCCCAAGAAGAUGAAGAUAGAAAAUAACGUUACAGGCAAACCAAGUCAACAGAAAGUUACAAAUGGUAAAAAAACUGAAAGUGAAUCGAAGCCGCUAGUGAAUGGAAACCAAAAGAGGGGCCAGCUUUUCUUUGAAGACAAGAAACCAUCAAAGGCAAAUACGUACAAAUCCAGUCCAUCAAAUGAGAAGGCAACCAAGGUACGUUUGCCAGGCAUCUCGAGCUUCUGGGACACAGACCUCAACGCAUUGAAUAACAAGCGUCAAGGAGAAACAUCCAGUGACGAAGAUGACGACAAUGCAACUGGUGUGGCCGAGGCAAGCUCUAGCAAGAAAAAACGACUUAGCGCCAAGGAAAAGGCAAAGGCUGAGGUCAAGGAAGAACAACGCUUGCGCGAAAUCGAAGAACGAAAUGCAGAUCCCAACCAACGUCCAGAAACAAUUGAUCAGUUCGAACGUCUAGUACUAGCAGAACCCAAUAGCAGCAAGUCUUGGAUUCAGUACAUGUCUUUCCUGCUGUCAAACACCGAAAUAGACAAAGCUCGCGACAUUGCACGGCGUGCUAUAAAAACGAUAGCGUUCCGGGAAACCAAAGAGCUUCGUAAUAUAUGGAUGGCACUUAUUAACUUGGAACUUAGUUACAACUCGUCAAAUUUUGAUGAUGUGCUAAAGGAAGCACUUAGUCAUACAGAUCCACUUGAAACAUACCUAAAUCUCGUCGAAGUACUGAAGUCGCACAACCUUAGGGAGCGCCUGGUCAACACAUUAAAUGUCAUACUGCGGAAGUUUAGGACUGACAUGCAAGUCUGGCGUGUGGCUGCUGAUGCCUACUUCUGGCUGGGAAUGGCGGAUCGGGUGCAGCCAACAUUGCAGCGUGCACUCAGUGUUCUACCCAAAAAUCAACACAUUAAUUGCAUCGUGGCCUUUGCGAAACUAUAUGCGCAAAACAAUGAUAAUGCCAUGGCACAAACAUUACUGGAUGACAUUGUCACCUCGUAUCCGAAGCGAAUUGAUAUAUGGGUAUUAUACGUAGACAUGCUGAUCAAAUGUGAACUGAUUGAGUCCGCACGAAAUUUGCUCGAACGUGCAGUACUCCAAAAGUUGCAGCCGGAUAAAAUGCUCGUUAUCUACAAGAAGUUUUUGGACUUUGAGAUGAAGCACGGAACGGAAGCCAAUGCGGCUAGGGUUAAACAACUAGCCGAGCAAUACGUCCAGAGUCAAAAUAAAUCGUUUAAAUAGGCUAAAUAACG